CCCACCUUCCCCCGGCCUGCUGACCAAUGAGAAUGAAGCACGAUAACGCGCGCCUGCGCCGUGGGGCUGCGGGGCCCCCACGGGCGGUGACUCGGGGGAGUGCUGCCGGGAAGAUGCCUAAAAAGAAGCGGGAGAAUCUGAGCGUGGCUCAGGAGAUAGAUGGCCUGGAAGAGAAGCUGUCCCUGUGUAGGAGAAACCUGGAGGAACUGAACAUCCGCCUUCGCAGGGAGGAGCUGAGCUCGGAGGCCAGGAGAGCUUUGGAGAAAGAAAAAAACAACCUGACCAGUAAAGCCUCCAGCUAUGAAAGGGAGUUGAAUUCCCUUCGGAGAGAGAACCGUAAGAACAUGCUGCUGUCUGUGGCAAUCUUCUUGCUCCUUCUUCUCGCCUAUGCCUACUGGACUAUGUGAUCCUGCUGGGUUCCAGCACACCACAGGAAGUUGUGAUGCUUUUGGAGGAAGUGGACUAGAACAAUUAAAGUUGGUCCCUCUUUCUGGACUAUAUCUGCUGCCUCCCAAAGAUGCCUGCCUGCCUGUCAAGGUCCAGAAAUUAUCAAGAGAUUGGAGGCUGGGCCUACCUAGCCCAAGAUUCUGGUACCACAUCUUGUACGUCAGCAGAAAAUGGUGCUGGCUCCUUCCACGGAGAAUGGCCAAUAAAGAAUGUUCAGAUUGCUA